GCAUUUCUACGACGCACAGACGGAAGUUUCUAUCCGUGGUUCUUUUGAGAGAUAAUCUGAGGAAGGGGCUACAGCUAGAGUACUCAGGUACUGACCCUUCACCUCGGGGUGCUACCUCAUCCCUCAGGCGUGAUGGCUACCGGCGCAGAUGUACGAGACAUUCUAGAACUCGGGGGCCCAGAGGUAGAUGCCACUUCUGGGACCAUCAGCAAAAAGGACAUUAUCAACCCGGACAAGAAAAAGUCCAAGAAGUCCUCGGAGACACUGACCUUCAAGAGGCCUGAGGGCAUGCAUCGGGAGGUCUAUGCUUUGCUUUACUCUGACAAAAAGGAUGCACCCCCACUACUGCCCAGUGACACUGGUCAGGGGUAUCGCACAGUGAAGGCUAAAUUGGGGUCCAAGAAGGUUCGACCUUGGAAGUGGAUGCCUUUUACCAACCCAGCUCGAAAGGAUGGUGCUAUGUUUUUCCACUGGCGACGAGCAGCAGAGGAGGGCAAGGACUACCCUUUUGCCAGGUUCAAUAAGACGGUGCAGGUGCCUGUGUACUCAGAGCAGGAGUACCAACUCUACCUUCAUGAUGAUGCAUGGACUAAGGCGGAGACUGACCACCUCUUUGACCUCAGCCGCCGAUUUGAUCUGCGCUUCGUAGUUAUUCACGAUCGCUAUGACCAUCAGCAGUUCAAGAAGCGUUCUGUGGAGGACCUGAAAGAGAGGUACUACCACAUUUGUGCCAAGCUUGCCAAUGUGAGGGCUGUGCCAGGCACAGAUCUCAAAAUACCAGUAUUUGAUGCUGGGCAUGAGAGACGGCGGAAGGAGCAGCUGGAGCGGCUUUACAAUCGAACCCCAGAGCAGGUGGCAGAGGAGGAGUACCUGCUACAGGAGCUGCGUAAGAUUGAGGCCCGGAAAAAAGAGCGAGAGAAGCGCAGCCAAGACCUGCAGAAGCUGAUUACAGCAGCAGACACCACCGCGGAGCAGCGGCGCACAGAACGCAAGGCUCCCAAGAAGAAGCUACCCCAGAAGAAGGAGGCAGAGAAGCCGGCUGUUCCUGAGACUGCGGGCAUCAAGUUUCCAGAUUUUAAGUCAGCGGGUGUCACACUACGGAGUCAGCGGAUGAAGCUGCCCAGCUCUGUGGGUCAGAAGAAGAUCAAGGCGCUGGAACAGAUGCUGCUGGAACUUGGUGUGGAGCUGAGCCCGACCCCCACAGAGGAGCUGGUGCAUAUGUUCAAUGAGCUGCGGAGUGACCUGGUGUUACUCUACGAGCUCAAGCAGGCCUGUGCCAACUGUGAAUAUGAGCUCCAGAUGCUGCGGCACCGGCACGAGGCCCUGGCUCGGGCAGGAGUGCUGGGGGGCCCUGCCACACCAGCACUAGGACCAACCCCGGCUUCUACUGAGCCAACAGUGUCUGAAUCUGGACUUGGUCUUGACCCUACCAAGGACACCAUCAUUGAUGUUGUGGGUGCACCCCUCACACCCAAUUCGCGGAAACGACGGGAAUCAGCCUCCAGCUCAUCUUCUGUGAAGAAAGCCAAGAAACCAUAAGGGGCCAUCAGAGUUGGUGAGCUCAAAGAUAGCCCAUAAGAGGUGCAGUGCUAUGAAAAAAGGAGGCACGGAACUGCUUACAGAAGCUCGGGAAUGGAUUCCCAGAAGAACAAAGGUAUGCAAAGGUGAGAGGGAGCUAGCCCAGAAAGUUAGGGUUAAGGUGAAGAGGCAGUAAAGAUACCACUGGAAGUGAUCUGUGGAGUGUCAACCUUAAUUUCACUAGGUGAUGGGGGUGAGUGACAUACUAAGGCUGUGACAUGAAUGGGUAGUCAAGUCAGCAGUGAGUGACUAGAGGAAACCCAAGGACCCCAAAUGUCAACCUAAGGAGUUCAAGAAUGUCACUCUGGUAGCACUAUGGAGACACUAACGCAUUUAAAAUGAUUAGGAAAAUGAUAGGACCUGAUCUGGGUUUCACAAUUGUCACCCUAAAAUAUGAAGACAGGACUAAAAGCAGAACCAUCUGAGAGCAGACAGAAUUACAGCUCAUACCUGAAAGGCUCAACCAGAACUAGGCUUGUGGUAGGAGUAUGUUGACAGUGUAAAGAAGAGACUAGAGGCCAAGAGGUUUUGUUUUUUUAAAUACAAUUUUUAGCUGGAUAGUGGUGGCGCACAAUUUUAAUCUCAGCACUUUUGAGGUCAGCCUGGUCUGCAGGUAGAGUUCCAGGACACGCAGGGCUAUACAGAGAAACCCAGUCUUGGAAAAACAAACCAAUCAACCGAAUAAAAUAAAAACAAAAUAAAAAAUGUGGGCCAGUGGAACAGCACCUGCUGUGCAGGCCUGAGCACCUGAGUGCAGGCCUGGGACUCGGGGGAAGGAGACAACUGACGUCCACAAAUUGUCCUCUCGCUUCCACCUUUGUGUGUACAAAUGUUUGCACACACAACAUUUUCUUUGAAAAAAAAAAAAAAGAUAAGCUUUCAGGAGAUGAUGGGGAGACGAGUGAUUAUAGGAUUUUAGUGCCACUCAGGGAAGUAAUCCCAGAGAAGUUGGAAUCUGGAGGCAGUGAUGAGUUCAGCUUUGGAUGAAUUAAGUAGGAUUCUUUGAGUCAUCUAAAAUUAUAAGGCAUUUCAUUAGGAUUUCAAGGCUUAGUGUUUGGUUUGAGAAGGACUUCUCUAUCCCAAUUGUUUUUUUUUUUUUUUUUAAAAAAAAACAAAGGGCUGAAGAGAUGGCUCAGUUGGUAAAGUUUAAUCCUGGGUAUCCACAUAACAGCCAGGCAUGCUAGUAAAAGCCCGCAAUUCCAGCAGUAGAGAGGCAGAGAUGGGAGCGUCCUUAGCCGGCCAAUCUAGCUGAAUUGGGAGAGUUUGGGUUUAGUGAGAGACUCUGUCUCUAUCAUUAGGUAAAUGAUUGAAAGACACCCAAUAUCAAGCUCACACGUGUAUACCUCCCCCAUAUACCUCCCCCACAGAAGCCCACAAAACAAAGGUAUCCCAUUUUUCAGCUAUAUUUUAUUAUUAUUAUUAUUAAACUUUUUAAGGUUUUUAUUUUAA